CGGUUCCGGUCGUGUCUCUCCGGGCGGCGGCGGCUCAUGGCGGCGACCGAGCUGAGAGGAGUGGUGGGGCCGGGCCCGGCAGCCAUCGCGGCUCCGGGAGGCGGCGGCGCGGGUCCGCCCGCGGUGGGAGGCGGCGGCGGCGGACGCGGGGACGCGGGGCCCGGCUCCUCCGGGGUGGCGGCGACGGCCGCGGCGGCUGCGGGCGGCCCGGGGCCCGGGGCUGGGGGAGUGGCGGCAGGCGGCCCGGGCUCUGCACCGCCAGCCGCGGGCUCGGGCGGUUCGGGCGCCGGGAGCUCGGGCUCGGCUAGAGAGGGCUGGCUCUUCAAAUGGACCAAUUACAUCAAAGGCUACCAGCGGCGAUGGUUCGUGCUGAGCAACGGGCUCCUGAGCUACUACAGAUCCAAGGCAGAAAUGAGACACACCUGCCGUGGUACCAUCAACCUCGCCACAGCCAACAUCACUGUGGAGGACUCUUGCAACUUCAUCAUUUCCAAUGGCGGUGCUCAGACCUACCACUUGAAGGCCAGUUCGGAAGUAGAGAGGCAGCGCUGGGUGACAGCCUUGGAACUGGCCAAGGCCAAGGCUGUGAAGAUGCUGGCCGAAUCAGAUGAAUCAGGAGAUGAAGAGUCUGUCUCACAAACUGACAAGACUGAGCUCCAGAACACCCUCCGAACACUCUCCAGCAAAGUGGAGGACCUGAGCACGUGCAAUGACUUGAUAGCUAAGCAUGGCACCGCACUGCAGCGUUCCCUCAGUGAGCUGGAGUCCCUGAAGCUGCCUGCCGAGAGCAACGAGAAAAUCAAACAGGUCAACGAACGAGCCACACUCUUUAGGAUAACAUCCAAUGCCAUGAUCAAUGCCUGCAGAGAUUUCCUCAUGUUAGCCCAGACUCAUAGUAAAAAGUGGCAGAAGUCACUACAGUAUGAAAGAGACCAGCGUAUCCGACUGGAAGAGACUCUUGAGCAGCUGGCAAAGCAGCACAAUCACCUGGAGAGAGCCUUCCGGGGAGCCACAGUGCUGCCGGCAAACACCCCGGGCAGUGCCGGCUCUGCUAAAGAUCAGUGUUGUUCUGGCAAAGGGGACAUGAGCGAUGAAGAUGAUGAGAAUGAAUUUUUUGAUGCCCCAGAGAUUAUCACCAUGCCUGAAAAUUUGGGCCACAAACGUACUGGUAGCAAUAUCAGUGGAGCCAGCAGUGACAUCAGCCUUGAUGAACAGUAUAAGCAUCAGCUGGAGGAGACCAAGAAGGAGAAGAGAACCAGAAUACCAUAUAAGCCGAACUACAGCCUCAACUUGUGGAGCAUCAUGAAGAACUGCAUUGGAAAAGAGCUCUCUAAGAUCCCAAUGCCGGUAAACUUUAACGAGCCCUUGUCCAUGCUUCAGCGUCUUACUGAAGAUCUGGAAUAUCAUGAGCUCUUAGACCGAGCUGCCAAGUGUGAGAACUCUCUAGAGCAGCUGUGCUAUGUUGCAGCCUUCACUGUUUCCUCCUAUUCCACCACUGUCUUCCGAACCAGCAAGCCAUUCAACCCUCUCCUUGGGGAGACCUUCGAACUGGACCGACUGGAGGAGAAUGGGUACCGAUCCCUCUGUGAGCAGGUGAGUCAUCAUCCCCCUGCUGCUGCGCACCAUGCUGAAUCCAAAAAUGGCUGGACAUUGCGUCAGGAAAUCAAAAUCACCAGCAAGUUUCGAGGCAAAUACCUCUCCAUUAUGCCCCUCGGUAGCAUCCACUGCAUUUUCCAUGCAACUGGGCACCAUUACACUUGGAAAAAAGUCACCACAACUGUACACAACAUUAUUGUGGGCAAGUUGUGGAUAGAUCAGUCUGGUGAGAUUGACAUCAUCAAUCACAAGACAGGAGACAAGUGUAAUCUUAAAUUUGUUCCUUAUAGCUACUUCUCUCGAGAUGUAGCAAGAAAGGUGACAGGGGAAGUGACAGACCCAUCAGGAAAAGUUCACUUUGCCCUUCUGGGGACAUGGGAUGAGAAAAUGGAUUGUUUCAAAGUUCAGCCAGCUUCUGGGGAAAAUGGGGGUGAUGCUCGGCAGAGAGGCCACGAGGCAGAAGAAAGCAGGGUCAUGCUGUGGAAGAGGAACCCCUUGCCGAAGAAUGCAGAAAACAUGUACUACUUCUCAGAGCUCGCCCUCACUCUCAACGCCUGGGAAGGUGGCACUGCGCCCACAGACAGCAGGUUGCGGCCUGACCAGAGACUGAUGGAAAAUGGGCGCUGGGAUGAAGCAAAUGCUGAGAAGCAACGCCUGGAGGAGAAACAGAGACUUUCCCGGAAGAAGAGAGAAGCAGAGGCUAUGAAAGCCACAGAAGAUGGUAACACACCUGUCCCCUCCUCUGUUCCUUGGUGCAUGGUGAGUGCCAGCUCUAAUCUUACUUUUCGUUCUCUUCCCUUCCAGGCACACCGUAUGACCCCUAUAAAGCCCUGUGGUUUGAGAGGAAGAAGGACCCUGUCACCAAGGAGCUAACCCAUAUUUAUAGGGGCGAGUACUGGGAAUGUAAGGAAAAGCAGGACUGGGGCUCUUGCCCAGACAUUUUCUAAAGCGGCUGAAACUCAAAGGAAGAGGGCUGAUCGGAGAAGACGGCAGAGGAUGUGUGGGAAGGCUGGCAGUUGGGACUUGUACCAAGUGCUUUCCUCAAAUUUGUCUGUCUUAACCAAUCACUUUUUCCAAAUCAAUCACCAGAAGCAGACACCCGUGGUGGUGAUUGGCUGGUUGCCUUAGCUGAUUGAUGCUGAAAUCGACGUAGUAGAUACCCAUGUUUGUAAGGGAGCGGUUUAGUGGCUGAAAGUUAGUUGUUACUCUACAUCUGCAAAGGCAAGUAAGUGUUGUGGUCCUCUCCCUCUGCCUGAUAUAAGAUGAUGUCAUUCACCCUCCCCUUGUAGUCCUGCUCAGCCAAGAUCUGCAUAAGAUUGUGAUUCAUGAGCAUUUUGGUGCUUUUCAGAGCAAGAACUGAUUUUAAAGUUACUUUAAAAAGAAACACAUAAGAUUUAACCAGCAGAGGCAUCAUGCAUAGGUCUCAACUGAUAUGAAAUGUGCUCACAUGGGUUGGUUUAACGGGGCGUCGUGUGUAGAUAACUAAGGUUUUUGGAGCAUCUGCAGGAGAGAUUGUUCUCUAGGGAUGGAAUAUUGAGCUACAUUCUUGGGGAUGUUACCUUCAUUUGCAUACAACACCCCUCUGCUGUUCUGUCGACUUUAAAAGCAACCAGAGGCCUCCUUGGUCAUUGAUAAGAAGGUCCCACUAUCCUCAUAAAGGAGUUUUGUGGACUCCCUCAAGUGGAGAGCCUCUGAGAACACAGGCAGGGUGGAAGAAGACUGCUAGCCACUUGUACCUUCCCGGCCCCUCCUCAUCUCAUCCUUCAUUGCCUUUCUGGAUUCUCUCUCCUGACACAGGGCUUGUGCCUCAGUCUGGAGCAAACAUUGCCUGACCUAUUCUGUACACUUCAGAAUCUGAGAGAAGUUUCAUCUUGAAAGUCCCAAUGGAAUGGAGCCACCUCUGGAAUAAUGUGUUAAAUCAUUUGUAUAUUUUAUAUAUA